AUGGCAGAAGCUUCAGGCGUAUCUGCUGAAGCUCUCAAGGUCAAGAUCACAGAGUCUUUAAAUGCAAGUCAUGUCGAAAUUGAAGAUAUGUCAGGAGGUUGUGGACAGGCAUUCUCUGCCGUGAUUGUCUCGCCGCAAUUUGAAAAGAAGACUACAUUGGCAAGGCAUAGGUUGGUGAAUGGAGCGCUGAAGGCGGAGAUUGCGGCUAUCCAUGCCUGGACUCCCAAGUGCUAUACUCCAGAACAAUGGGAGAAGCAGAAAGAAGAUGGCAAGGAGGCGGUUGCGCCAGGAAAGAACACUACUGAGGAGGUUGUGGAUGGGACAACUGCUUGA